AUGACGGGCGACAUCCGCUCGAAAGCGCUCCAAAAGAUAGCCUCGCUAUCUGCGAAUAGCUCCACGACAUCGUUUGACCGAUCCGAUCUCGACCGACUGUGUCGAGUACCUAUGUCCAUCCGCGAAUUCGAGGUCCUAAUCGCAUUGUGUAAAACGGCACCCAAGAUCAAGUCGAGCCAGAGUGCGCAAAGGCUCUCUUACCAGUUGUUUCCAUACAUCCUCGAAGCCCACGUACAACUGUUCGUCCCAUCGCCCUUCUUUCGAAAGAUCGAUCCAUCUCCUACCGAAGCCUUGGCCUUUCAUGUGACAGGGGCCCUCCUGGCUCUUGGUAUCAACUACGACGAGCUUCAAGAGACUGUCACCGAUAAAAUCUGGUCUUUUGUGAAUUCUUGUAGACGAGCCACUGAGAGUAUAAUCUCUCCCCACGCAGGAGACCCCGAAAAUCCCCACCUAGAGGACGCCAUUCGAACUGUAACAAUCGCCGUGGCCUUGCUUGGUUUUCUCGAUGCGGCUGCUGCCCAAGCUGACUUUUGGAGAUCUGGCGGACGGCUGGCAUUGAUCAAGAAGAUUAGAGAGAUCCUUUCCGAGCCAUUCCUAGUCGCAGUGGAGACGGCGCUAUCAACAAUUCGCAACUGUCACAGCCAGGACCGCGAGGUCAAGGAAUGGAAGAGAUACUUGCGACACUAUGCCUCAUCAGGCCGGCCUUUGGGAGCUAUGCUCUUGCACAAGAGCUUUGCCCAUUUUGUCGUGUCUAGUACUUCUCUAAUGGUGAAGGACCCUGCUUCUUUGCGACAGUCUCAUGUGCUUGACAUAUAUAUUUCCCAGGGCGAGAGCCUGCGUGACAUUGCUUCAAUCACUCUGGAGGCCGACUUCAAGACUGUUGAGGACUAUGCGGCGUUGGCUGUUGAGGAAAUUCAAUACAUCGACGGCGGUGCGGAUUUCAUUCGCAUGGGAUCGCCUGAUCAGCAGAGUCUUGCCUAUGCUGUCAAGGCUGCAGCCCUCAUCUCUUACUUGAACUGUGCCCUUCUCAACGAAGACGCUGCUGAUCCAGAGAUCCUCAUGAGCUGGCUACAGGAAACCUUGGAUGACUCUGUGCAGAUGGCUGACCUAACUCUUGCCUCUGUCACGCUUCGAUGCCUGGCUUUGAUCUGCCAGAUUUCGCCGUCAUUCUCGUCCAAUGUCAGUCGUAUCUUGCCCAGAUUUAUUGUGCAGGAUGCACCUCAGAAGAGUAUCGUUACAAUAGCUUCCAACAGCCUUGCGUAUGCUCUCAAAAUGCUCUCCAAAGACGCAGUUAUUGGCACACUCUACACUCUGGGCAACGUUCUUAGCCCUGGAUCAGACCAGGGAUUUGCGAACGAUCAGAUCGACGGUACAGCAAGUGAAACAGGGCUCAAUCCUAUUUACGCCAGGCGCCAGUCUAUUGGAAGUUCCAUCUCCGUUCAGUUGUAUGGCGAGGAAGAAACCGCAAUUGUCUCUGGCAAUGUUGUUCAAACUAUCUGUGGAAUUGCUGCCGCUUUCAAGGACGAGAAGAUCACUGCUUUGGCUCAGUCGAUGCUGCAACAAAAGCUUGAGAAAGUCAACACAGGCGUAGACGCUCGGAUUAUCAGUGGUGCAGCUGCUCUAGCCCUAGAAGGCGGCCAGCUUGAGUUCCGAUCGUUGCUCAAGUUAUUCAGCAAAUUGUGCCACACUGGAGUUGUCGAUAACCAGUUAUUCCUACUUGAAGCCGUGAAAAAUGCUCGCACUUUCAUAUCGGCCAAUCUGCGACGCGAUUCGCAGCUGUUCGAUAUAUACUUCGAGUACUUGCUUGACGACAUCAUUGGACUUGGUGAUGUUCACUCUUCUGGCCAUACUAAGGAAUCUGAUGUGCAAAUGGCUGCCAAGGAAAUUGCUGAGCUUUUGCACCCCCUGGCAAUUUUCAUGUCUAGCAACGAUUUUGCUUCCAACCCCAUUACUGACGACGAAACCUAUUCCCUCCUCAGAGAUGCUUGGUUCAACAUCGUUGUGCAUGGAUUCGCUACCAACACAGACCGUGGAAAGCAAUACUUGAGGGAGUUGCGUAUGAUUGCAAUCCAUUCACCACCUCUGGUGGCCGAGCAGCGAGGCGAACAGGUCGAGAGUGAUAUUGAACUCAACACCGUUCUUCGACGAGGUAUGAGCAAUGAUAGGGAGUCUUUGCAGAAGAAACUACUCAGCGAACUCGUACCUUCUAAGGCCAACGAAAUCAGGAGCCUCAGCUACCGUAAGGUAAUCUUUCUACAAGCUGCUUACCUCAUGGAAAUCCUCCGAGCCGAUUCGGGUGACUGCACCAAAGUCUUGUCUUAUUUCUUGGAACCGAGCAUGGCCAAGGGUGAUGUUAGCAGCGCCAUGGAGGGCGUUGCUGCUGCUGUCAUGGAUAAAUAUGUCCAGAAGACUCAAAGUGGCAUGGAUCCUACCUUUUCUGCCCAAUAUGCCGCUGAACAGCUUGCUUCCAUUUUCUGCAGUUGUUGUCAUCGUAUCGAGCGAGUUCAGCAGGCAGCUUUUGUCUGUGCGGACCGUAUUCUUCGUGAUAUACCCUCGGCCCUUUGUCACAGGUCAUCACUUUUUGCCUUGAUAGAGUUGCUCUCUCUCAUGUGGUCAAGCUGUCUGGAAGCAGAGACAGAUGUUUACGCUCCCCGAUCAACGUUUACAUCAGAACUUGGUGGCGUCACUGUAGAGCUUUCAGACGACUACGACUUCCGAAGAUGGACGGUAGACAUUCUCAAUCGCAAGGCAAGGGUAUGGGUCAAUGCCGCUAUCAACAUUUCUCCUCUCGAUGUCAAGGGAAUUUUGCAGACUUAUCUCUCUGAAUUCAGCGACGAGGGGGCAUAUGGUCAUGUUUCUCUAGGAAGGUCGUUCGCCCUCGAACUCGGAUCAACUAUUCCUUCAACGGACAAUCGCCUGCAAUCUAUGGAUAAAAUCGGCAAUUCGGGCGUCAACACAGCGUCUGCCUUUGUCGCGCAGUAUACAACUCGCCAAGAGUAUCGGUAUGGCGAGACACUUCCAGACCGCGGCACAGAACUUAUGAGCUUCAUGAAUCAUAACCGCCGCAUGUCAUUUGCGCAGUCAUCCGUGAAAGAGAGUGCCAGUGCCACUACUGCAUUGGCUCACAUUGAGGCCAGAAUUCUUAGCAAGAAAAGCACAUCUACUACUGAGGUUCGCGACAUACUCCGCAGAGCAGCAGCUCUUCUUUGCCGUACAGACAAGGAUGAAGCCGCCGUGGCUCAUCAUCUCGUGAGCAUUCCGUUUGCUCUCUUCACCAAGCAGUCUAUUAAUCUUGGUGUUUCUCUGUGGCUUGGUGUGAUCAACGAGAACCCGAGACAGGAGUCAAGGCUACUAAAUGAAAUUGUCCAGCAAUGGGAGUUCACCCUUGGUCGAAAGGUUGGCCUUUUCAGCCCAACUUUGCACCACGUCGACCCGUUCUUCUUGAAGGAGGAGUUUGCUCCUAGCGAGCUGGAAGCACUAGCUAAGAAGAAGCAGAUUGUGCAUGACAUUCUUUCCCCCCAUACUCGACUGCUACAGUUCUUUGCCAGCCACUACAACGCUACCAGACUUGGCAGCCCUGAUAUCCAGAGAGUGUUCCUCCGCAUGCUGGACCUUACGCUCGAGGCGAUGAAGCAAUCUGCUACCCAUCCCAUGGCCAGAGAAAUUCGGCUCCAGCUCGUUCUGUUUGGUCUGCGUGUCUUAAAAUCCAGCACCACUCUUAAGCCUGCGGCACAAUGGAGACUCAAGGAAAGGAUUCUCACAGCUGGUUUGUCUUGGUUCAGAUCGGCGCCCAAGUGGUCUUUCGGAGGCAACCUCCUACAGAUGAAAACAGAGAUUCGUCUUAUUUCCGACGUGCUCGCAGCUUUGCAGCUCGUCUCAUUUAUUGGUGCUCAGACUGUUGGCAAUGUCAAGUCUCUGCAGUCGAAGGAGCAGCUCCUCGACCUUAUGCUUAGAAACGAACAAACUCGUUUAAUUGUCUGGGUCAACCCGCUCAACAACCCUAGUAACCAAGCUUUGACUCAACCGGCAGGCAAGGCACCAACUGAAGCCGCUCUCUUACCACUUAUACGCACUGCUUGGUGGCAGGACCCUGCCAUUGCUAUCGAGUUGGCGACCCGAUUCCCCUUCCCUCGCCUACAACGCGAUAUCAGAUUCUUGCUCCUUACCAUGCCCGAAAAAGCUGUCUUUGAGCCUGAGGCGUUGAAUCUGAUAUUUGGCGGAUUUCUUCCUGAUGACGUUGGUCCCCAGCAACUCAAGUAUUUGUUGUACUGGGAGCCUGUGAACCCCGUAACAGCCGUCACCAUGUUCCUGCCAGCCUAUCAGUACCACCCCUUCAUCAUCCAAUACGCUAUGCGUGCGCUCGAGAGCCAUUCUGUGGAUGUGACCUUCUUCUACGUUCCCCAGAUUGUUCAGUCUCUUCGUUACGACAGCCUUGGAUACGUGAAGCGAUACAUUUUGGAAACGGCCCAGUUCUCUCAGCUGUUUGCUCAUCAGAUUAUUUGGAACAUGAAGGCCAACUCGUACAAGGACGAUGAUGCUCAGAUUCCUGACGAAAUCAAGCCAACCCUUGAUACAGUCAUGACACAGAUGGUUGAUGGUUUUGCGCCCGAAGACCGUGAUUUUUACGAGAGAGAGUUUGCCUUCUUUGACGAAGUCACAGAUAUUUCUGGCAAGCUCAAGCCCUUCAUCAAGAAGAGCAAGCCGGAGAAGAAGCAAAAGAUUGAAGAGGAGCUGCGCAAGAUCAAGGUCGAGGUCGGCGUCUAUCUUCCUAGUAACCCUGAUGGUGUCGUCAUUGGCAUUGAUCGUAAGUCUGGAAAGCCUCUGCAGAGUCACGCAAAAGCGCCGUACAUGGCGACAUUCCGCAUCCAGAAGAACAAGGGCGGCGUGUCUGAGGUGGACGAGAUGAUGGAUGAGAAGGAUGGAGGGGACCAUGGAACUCCCGAGAAGACGGUCGAGGUCUGGCAGUCGGCCAUUUUCAAGGUUGGUGAUGAUUGUCGACAGGAUGUGCUGGCAUUGCAGAUGAUUGCUGCAUUCCGAGGCAUCUUCCAUGACGUCGGCCUUGAUGUCUACGUCUUCCCUUACCGAGUCACUGCCACAGCUCCUGGCUGCGGUGUCAUUGACGUACUACCCAACUCGAUUUCGCGAGAUAUGCUUGGUCGUGAGGCCGUCAAUGGUCUAUACGACUAUUUCAUCUCCAAGUACGGCAACGAGAACUCGCUUCGAUUCCAACGUGCCCGCAGUAACUUUGUCAAGUCGAUGGCUGCCUACUCAGUCAUCUCAUACCUGCUGCAGUUCAAGGAUCGACAUAACGGUAAUAUCAUGAUUGAUGACGCCGGUCACAUCCUCCACAUUGACUUUGGCUUCUGUUUCGAUAUCGCUCCCGGAGGCAUCAAGUUCGAGCGCGCGCCCUUCAAGCUCACAACUGAGAUGGUUGCCGUCAUGGGCGGUUCAAUGGAGCAUCAAAGCUUUAAAGCCUUCGAGGAGCUCUGUGUGAAGGCAUUCCUUGCCAGUCGUCAGUACUGCGAGAAGCUGAGCCAGAUCGUCUCGCUCAUGAUGGACAGCGGCUUGCCCUGCUUCAAGCCAGAGAGUGUCAAGCACUUCCGCGAGCGGUUCGUUCUUGACAAGAGUGAGCGUGAUGCCGCCAACUUCAUGAAACAUCUUAUCAAGACCAGUUACUCGAGCCACAGCACGGGUAUCUAUGAUCAGUUCCAGUUGCUGACAAACGGCAUUCCUUAUUAG